GUACAAACAAAUGGACAAAAUUUCUAAGGACUAUAUUUUAGAUAUUCAUGAAAAAUUAUUAUCUGUAGAAAACUCUAUUAUAAACAAAAAUAUAUCACUUUCUGAUCUUUGUAAGAUUAGUGAAUACUUUCAAAAUAUUGAAAGCAGGAUUUAUUUAAUUCAAUACCAUUCUAUUGAAGCUGCGGAGAAUGGACUUAAAAAGAUGCCAGAUCGAGAAAAUGCUUAUAAGGUCUUUAGCAAUUUGCGAAUGAGCACGAACAAAGCAAUAUGUUCGAAAGCCAAUUAUUUCUUAGAACACUGCUAUGAAAAUGGAUUUGGAUGUAAAUCAAAUAAGGAAUUUGCUUUAUCUUAUUUAGGGUAUGCAAAAAAAGUUGGUGGUUUGGAUGAUGAUCUACUAAAAAUAGCUGAAAACAAAAUUAAAAAACUACGUAAAACCAGGAGCGUAGGGACUAAAUAG